CAUCUCACCUGGGCCGUCGGCACGGGUCUCGUGGGGGCUCCCGCUUGCGGUGAUGUAAUGAAGCUGCAGAUCAAGGUCGAUGAGAAGACCGGUCAAAUCGUCGAUGCUCGCUUCAAGACCUUUGGUUGUGGCUCCGCCAUCGCCUCUUCAUCUGUCGCAACUGAAUGGGUGAAAGGCAAAGCUAUGGAGGAAGUCCUGACCAUCAAGAACACCGAAAUCGCGAAGCAUCUUUGA